AUGAUCAUCCCCGUGCGAUGCUUUUCCUGCGGAAAGGUGGUGGGCGAUAAAUGGAAUGCGUACUUGGAGCUGCUCGCCAACGACAUACCUGAAGGAGAUGCGCUGGACCAGCUACAGCUGAAGCGCUACUGUUGUCGCCGCAUGGUGCUCACUCACGUCGACCUCAUUGAGAAACUUCUGCACUAUAACCCGAACGAGCGUGUGCGCGACAAGCCCCGAGCAUAG